AUGAUAAAAUUAAAUAUUAUUAUCUUUCUUCUUAUGUCAUUGUUAGGUAGUUCGGGUGCCUUACGUUGGAAUACAACAGCUACAACUGUACUUAGUUCAUCACAAAUAUUAUCACCUAGUGGUAUGUAUAUUGAUUCAAGUAAUACAUUGUUUGUAGUGGAUGAAACUCCUAAUGCUGUCGUAUGGAAACUAUUAUAUAAUGCUGGAAGUGCUACUAAUGUAGCUGGAGUAUAUCAAUCAAUUAGUUCUGCUUCAAAUCGAUUCAAUUAUCCUCAAGAUGUUUAUGUUGAUCCAAGUGGAAAUAUAUAUGUAACUGAUUAUUAUAAUUAUAGAGUACAAAAAUUUGCUAGUGGAUCAUCAACUGGAACAACUAUUGCUGGAAUAACUCUAUCAGGUGGAUCUGGAUUAUCACAAUUUAAUGGUCUUCGACAUAUGACUGGUGAUUCAAAUGGUACAUACAUAUAUGUUACUGAUUAUUAUAAUCAUCGUAUUAUGCGUUAUUCAACAAGUUCAACAUCAGGAACUAAUGGAGUUCUUAUGGCUGGUAAUAAUGGAGCUGGUAAUUCAAAUACAACAUUAUAUUAUCCAUGGGGUAUUCAUUAUUUGCCAUCUGUAAGUAAUGAUUUGUUUAUAACAAAUUAUUAUGGACAUACAGUGAUGCGUUGGACACCUGGUGCAUCAUCAGGCUAUUUUGUAGCUGGAGUGCCAGGUGUAUCAGGUCAAAGUCCUAUUUUACUCAAUUAUCCUAUGGGUGUUAAAAUUGAUACUUAUCUGAAUAUAUAUGUUGCUGAUACUAGUAAUAGUCGAAUACAAUUGUUUUGUGCUAACAGUCAAACUGGAAUUACUAUUGCAGGUACUGGUCAAUCUGGUAAUAGUGCUACACAAUUGAAUGCACCAGAAAGUGUUGCAUUCGAUUCAGCAAUGAAUCUUUAUGUUGCUGAUGCAGGAAAUUCUCGAGUUCAAAGAUUUGUCAAAUUUUAA